UGGCGCCCCCGGGUGGACACUCUCUGGAAUUGAAGGAAGCUGGAUUAUGGAUUUUGUGGAUAAUCAGGUUCGUUGGUCGACGUGGGCUUGUCCGGAAGCUGUACUGCGACAAUGCCACCAAUUUCGUGGGUGCUGCACGCACGCUGGACCUCAAAGCUACGUUCCAUGGCAACACAGCGGACAUGGAAAUGUUUGCUGCGGAGCGGGGCAUGGAGUUUGUAUUCAUCCCUCCUCGAGCGCCGCAUUUUGGCGGCCUUUGGGAAGCGGCGGUGAAAUCCGCCAAAGGUUUGCUGCUGAAAGCGAUGGGCAGCGCUCGAUUACGGCAAGACGAGGUGGCCACCGUGCUGGUCGAGGUCGAGGCCGUGCUCAAUUCGCGGCCAAUGGUCGCUCCCAGCAGCAACCCCAACGACGGCGAAGUGCUCACGGCCUCGACCUCGACCAGCACGGUGGCCACCUCGUCUUGCCGUAAUCGAGCGCUGCCCAUCGCUUUCAGCAGCAAACCUUUGGCGGAUUUCACCGCCGCUUCCCAAAGGCCGCCAAAAUGCGGCGCUCGAGGAGGGAUGAAUACAAACUCCAUGCCCCGCUCCGCAGCAAACAUUUCCAUGUCCGCUGUGUUGCCAUGGAACGUAGCUUUGAGGUCCAGCGUGCGUGCAGCACCCACGAAAUUGGUGGCAUUGUCGCAGUACAGCUUCCGGACAAGCCCACGUCGACCAACGAACCUGGAUAAACACAUUAGAAAUGAAUUUGUGGUUAAAUCGGUGACUAAUUCAAGAUGCACUGCCUUCGAAGUAAAGCAAACAAAUAUGGCAAUAUACAUUUUGACUGGCGAUUUGCCCCGAAUUCCCAGCGAAACUAGUAUUGGACCGCAAAAGUCCACUCCACUGAUCUCAAAUGGCCUAUUUCCAUGUAAGCGAUCAGCGGGAAGAUUGCCCAUUAUUUGGGAUAAGAGUUUCGGCUUGUAGCGAAAACAAUGUACACAUUUUCGGACUACUGCACUGCAAGCCUGUCGAGCAUUGACCAGCCAAA